AUGAAGCAAACGUCUCUUCAGCAGCUGCUCUCUCGUCUGACUGUGAGUCCCAGCAGCUCGCAGAUGUUUGAAGGAGACUUUGUGUCUCUGAGCUGUGCUGAGGACGACGACUCUGCUGGAUGGACUCUGAGGAGAAACACAAGCAAAGAAACCAGGACUCAGUGUGACAGCUGGGGGAGAUGGUCUGGUUUUUCCUGCAGCUUCAGCUACAUAUUAACAGAAGACAGUGGAGUUUACUGGUGUGAGUCCAGAGAGGGUGCCAUCAGUAACAUGGUUAACCUCACAGUCUCUGGUGGAUCAGUGAUCCUGCAGAGUCCUGUCCUCCCUGUGAUGGAGGGAGAUGACGUCACUCUGCUCUGUCAAACAAAGACCACUCCCUCCAACCUCCCAGCUGCUUUCUAUAAAGAUGGCUCCCUCAUCAGGAAGCAGCCUACAGGUCACAUGACCAUCCAGCAUGUUAACAGGUCUGAUGAAGGCCUCUACAAGUGUUGCAUCAGCGGUCAUGGAGAGUCUCCAUCCAGCUGGAUCACUGUGACAGGUGAGGAGCUUCACUCUGAUUUCACCUCUUAUUUCAUCCACAUAUUCACCUGAACAGGUGGGAUUCUCUCUGCAGAAAAACCUACAACCACAGCUCCACCCACCCCUGCUGACCCGCCGUCUGACUCCUCCUCUCUCCACCUUGCAAUCAGAGUGCUCCUCCACCUGGUGGCGUUCUUUCCAUACUUGGUCUCCACUCACCUCAUGGUGUCUUUAUAUCGACACACGGCCAAAGGUAACAGUCUUGGCUCAGCCCGACCUGCAGAGGCUGAGCAGGGACUGGAAAACUAUGAUGACAUCAUCAGUACUGUGCAUCAGUUCUGA